UUUGUGGUUGGUAACGAGAAUGCUGGAUUGUUUUCUCACGGCGAACCUUUACAGUAAAAGGGGGUUUUAAUGGAUAGCAAAUUGUAUUUUUAGUCUUUGUAGUAAAUUAACUUUUUUAUUAGGUAUUACACAAUCUCUUUUAAAAACGCUGCGAUUGUAACCCUUCUUAAUAGUGUAGUUUGUAAGUGGUGAAUCCCAGAGACGUGCUACUUACAUUAAAGAGCAGAAAUGGAUAUCAGCCUGUCGGCUUCAUUCCUCAAAAGUGAGCUGGCAGCGACCAUUGAGCACGCCGUGAAGGGCGCCGUGGAGAUCGUGGUCUGGGAGAUCACCAAACUGGUCGGAGGGAAGUUCGCCGACUUUCGCAUCCAGCUCGCUGAAAAGGAGCAGGAGAACGAAAACCUCAGACUGCGGCUGGAGAUCUCUGAGAACGAACUGAACGCUGAACGGCAGAAAGAGAAGGAUACUUCGGACAAACAAUCCGUGAAAUGGAGGACUGGGAGACGGAGCAGCAGCAGGGAUGGAGACUCUCAUUCACAACCUGCAAAAUCUUGCCAGACAGAGACGCGUAUACUCCACUUCGGUGAAGAAGGCACGGCAGCCGCUGGCACUAGCGAGACAAUAUGCCUGGACUCUCCAGCUCCCAGCCCUAGCAGUUUCACUGGUCCUACAAAUGAAAAAGAAUCCCGGAAUAUGAAAGAAGCAGCCAUCAAGAACCUAAUGAACUCCAGCCAGGAGCGGGACAUAGAGAUCCAGGACUCUGAUAAGAUUGUAGCAGCGUGCAUCGAUGAAUGGAGAAGGGAUAUAGAAGGUGGAGAAUGUGAAAGAGCAACUUCUAAAACAGUCGGUGGGAUAUCUUGUGGAAGCCAUGAAGAAGAAACUGUUAAAUGUCAGUGGUACCAGGACUGCACAGAAAUUAGGGACCUAAGCUUGGGCAGAAACACAGCUGUUCAUGACCUGGAAAUUGGAUGUGUUAAACCAGAAGUACCAGAGUUAGAAACCAUCUAUGUUAAAGAUGAAGUUUCAGAAGUAGCAACAGGUCACAUUAACAAUGAAGUCCAUAGCUUAGAGUCUCCUCAAGCAGAAAGAGUAAGAAGUAAAAUGCACGUUGUCUCUGUGAACCUUGGUUCCACAUUUGAAAAGAACACGUCCGCAGUGAGGUCAUGUCAAUCAGUUAAUUCAUCACGGUCUGCAAAAAAUGAAGGAAAUAGACAUUCUGUAGCCCAGACAAGCAGAAGGAAGCUUAUCGGGAGUCCAGAGAGUGUAACCAGUAGUCAAGUGCAAGACGCAAGAAUUCCAGACCACAACAUAAAUACAGAAGAGCAAACUCAUUUCUACCGUAAAAUCCCAUCUCGUGAGAAACAACAUCCAAAGAAGUCAAUAAAGAACAUUCAGCGAGAAGACCCUGUCAACAAAAUGAAAAACUGUGGUAAAGCCUUACAGCAGAAGUCUGUACCUUCAGUUCCUUAUGGAAAUGCAGCCUUUUUACCAUCUGUAGGCUUGAGCAGCUUGGAUACCUUUGGCAACUUGAAUGGGUGGCAUCAGUGUGAUGACUGUGGAAAAGUGUUCACUCAGCUCGGCAACCUGAGGAUCCACCGGCGUACUCAUACCGGAGAAACCCCUUAUCCCUGCAAUGAGUGUGGUAAACGAUUUAGCCAGUUAGGCAAUCUGCGUCGACACCAGCGUAUCCAUACUGGUGAGCGGCCUUACUGCUGUACUAUGUGUGGAAAAAGGUUCCGUCACUCUGGGGCCUGCAAGCGACACCAGCGAGUUCAUGUGGGAGAACCCCUGCAUCCAUGCCAAGAGUGUGGAAAAUGUUUCAGCAAGUUGCGGCUCCAGAAGCACCAAAAAGUUCACAUGAGAGAGAAACUGGUGAAGAUUAUGAAUGGCAUCUGAGAAAAUUUGAAUGAAAUGGUUAAAAUAAAAAAGAAUGUCCUGUCAGAGGAUUGUCAUCUGUACCUUCAACUAUGUGAUGCAUGACUUGAAAUAGUCUCAAAACAGUAAAGCAUUUUCAAAAAAACAACUAUACUUGAGUAACAACUACUGACUUUGUUAGCAGUGUGCCAUUUGUUCAUUUAUUAGUUUCAUUCUGUCUUGUUACAGAAAAAUAUGGAUUUUUUGACUUGGGAAUAAGGUCAUUCUUAAAUCAAAAGUAAUUGUUUGCCUAUUAGUACUUCAGACUCAACAUUCAGAAAUAAACCUACUCUUUCAUGUAA